GAGAAAGUUGCCAUUGAGGUAACGCGGAGCUGGACGGCGGACUGUUGUCGCCGCGGCGGGAGUUGUUGUUAUCGAACCCGACAUCAUAUUUACUUCUUUUUCCGGGACGCAGGUUUGCCUCCGGACUCCGCGGGGGAAGUAAACAUUUCCGUUUUUUUUUCUUGUUGACUGCUCAACCGCCAACGAGCGUCCGCGGCGAGUCAAGUGGGAACUCUCCACUGCAAUUAACUUGACUGGAUUUAGUUUCCGAUGCUCCCGGCGGACAGACGACGGUCGGCGGCGGUCUGCUGACGGGCCGCCGGCUUCACUUUGCUCCUCGUCGCUGUUUGUUUGCUCGACUUCUCUCCGCACUCGGAAUACACCGGGAGUCGUCUCCGGAGGACCGCCGGAGUGACCGAGGCGGCUCCAGGCUUCUGCGCGUCUCACCUGGCUCGUAACCAGACGGGCCGCGGAGAGGUUGGGUGGCGCGGGGCUGCAGCCGCCUCCGGCUAAUGAGCCGUUUCCAGUGUUUUUCCGGUUGAUUUACGGCCGCGCCGCCGCCGCUGGAGCGGAGGACGGAGCGCGACAGCGGGGGGACGAGGAGCGGGGAUUCCCGUUAAACGACCCGUGAGCCGGGACGGAGCGGAGGGGAGGUCGGUUUCAUUCGCAAUUAACUACAGCUGGUCAUAAUAAUAAUAAUAAUAAUAACCAUAAGACGGGCGGAUGGAUUCAUCUCCGUGACCGGGAGCGCCCCCACCUCCUCCCCGUGCCCCCGACGGAUCCCUCGAAACGUGGUCGUCAGCAGGACGCCGGUUGUGUCCUCCCGGAGAUAACGAUGUUCCCCCAGGGGCGGCACCCGACGCCCCACCAGGCUCCAGGCCAGCCCUUCAAGUUCACCAUCCCGGAGUCACUGGACCGCAUCAAGGAGGAGUUCCAGUUCCUUCAGGCGCAGUACCACAGUCUCAAGCUGGAGUGUGAGAAGCUGGCCAGUGAAAAGACGGAGAUGCAGAGACACUAUGUCAUGUACUAUGAGAUGUCUUAUGGCCUCAACAUCGAAAUGCACAAACAGACUGAGAUUGCCAAGAGACUUAACACCAUCUGUGCACAAGUCAUCCCCUUCCUCUCACAGGAGCAUCAGCAGCAGGUGGUCCAAGCUGUGGAGCGGGCCAAACAGGUGACCAUGGCAGAGCUCAAUGCUGUCAUCGGGGUACGUGGACUGCCUGGUCUUCCACCUACACAGCAUCUAUCCCAUAACCAUGGCGGUGCCCCUGUGCCCAUGACCCCUCACCCUGCUGGUCUCCACCCCUCUCAGCUGGGUGGCUCUGCUGGCCUUCUGGCUCUAUCAGGAGCCCUUGGUGGUAUUCCUCCCCAUCUGAUGGGGAAAGACGGUGAUAAAAAGCCCCACCUGUCCGGAGCAGACUCUCACUCUGGAGGACCUGACCACCUGAGAGAGCGAGAGCCCGGAACCAGUAACUCAAUGCUGCCAGAAAGUCUCAGGAACUCAGAUAAGCGACGCAACGGACCUGAUUUUUCAAAUGACACCAAGAAACGCAAGGUGGAUGACAAGGACUCCAGCCACUAUGACAGCGAUGGGGAGAAAAGUGAUGAUAAUUUAGUGGUGGAUGUUUCAAAUGAGGAUCCAGCCUCCCCUCGUGGCACUCCCCUCCCCUCACCUAGAGAAAAUGGCCUGGAUAAAGCACGUCUUCUCAAGAAAGACCCCUGUAGUCCAGCCUCUACUGCAUCAUCAGCUAGCUCCUCCUCCCUCAAGUCCAAAGAGAUGGCAAUGCGAGAUAAGGCAGGUACACCGGGGCUUAAGUCAAGUACACCCACGCCUAGAGGCGACUCCACCCCUGGUCCGAGCACCACACCUGGGAUCCGGCCCAGUCUGUCCAAACCCCCCUCCAUGGAGAUACCACAUCCACCCACUGCGGGAUUGCGGACACCUCUUGCAGUACCAGGCCCGUACCCCGGUGCAUUUGGUAUGUUGCCUCAUGCAGCAGGGAUGAAUGGGGAGCUGGCGGGUGCGGCCGGUGCUGCGGCCUAUGCUGCUGGACUGCACAACAUGUCACCUCAGAUGAGCGCCGCUGCUGCGGCCGCUGUGGCUGCAUAUGGCCGUUCACCUAUGGUUGGUUUUGAUCCUCAUUCUCAUAUGCGAGGAAUUCCUCCCAGUCUGACAGGAAUCCCUGGCGGAAAACCUGCCUACUCUUUUCACGUGGCUGCUGACGGACAGAUGCAGCCGGUGCCAUUUCCCCCGGAUGCUCUGGUAGGCCCAGGGAUCCCUCGCCAUGCCCGUCAAAUCAACACACUGAACCACGGAGAGGUGGUGUGUGCCGUUACCAUCAGUAAUCCCACCAGACACGUUUACACAGGAGGCAAGGGUUGUGUCAAGGUCUGGGACAUUAGUCACCCAGGAAACAAGAGCCCCGUGUCACAACUCGACUGUCUGAACAGAGACAACUACAUCCGCUCCUGUCGCCUGCUCCCUGACGGUCGAACGCUGAUAGUUGGGGGUGAGGCGAGCACUCUGUCAAUCUGGGAUUUGGCCACGCCCACUCCCAGGAUCAAGGCAGAGUUAACAUCAUCAGCACCAGCCUGCUACGCUCUGGCCAUCAGCCCUGACUCCAAGGUCUGCUUCUCCUGCUGCAGUGACGGCAACAUCGCAGUCUGGGAUUUACACAACCAGACUCUCGUCAGGCAGUUCCAGGGCCACACAGACGGAGCCAGCUGUAUUGACAUCUCAAACGACGGCACCAAGCUGUGGACCGGAGGCCUCGAUAACACUGUCCGCUCCUGGGAUCUGAGAGAGGGACGGCAGCUGCAGCAGCAUGAUUUCACAUCACAGAUCUUCUCUCUUGGCUACUGUCCGACAGGAGAGUGGCUCGCUGUGGGAAUGGAGAGCAGCAAUGUUGAGGUCCUUCAUGUCACCAAGCCUGACAAAUACCAGCUUCAUCUCCACGAGAGCUGCGUGCUCUCCCUGCAGUUUGCCUACUGUGGUAAAUGGUUUGUGAGCACAGGAAAGGAUAACCUACUGAAUGCAUGGAGGACCCCCUAUGGAGCCAGCAUAUUCCAGUCUAAAGAAUCAUCCUCGGUGCUAAGCUGUGACAUAUCUGUGGACGACAAGUACAUUGUCACUGGCUCAGGGGACAAGAAGGCCACUGUGUACGAGGUCAUCUACUAAAAUUAUGAAAAGAAAUCUGUACUUUUUCCUACAAACACCGAUGUGUUUCUAGAAAUUUUAACGUGGAAUCAGAAAUCGCAGUGACCAUGAUGAUCACAUUCUUUUUGCCGCUACAUCUGCUGAGGAGACACAAGAGGAGAGGAGCAUUUUACUCGCACACGUGUUGUGCCUGUACGCAUGACUCCAUCAGCUGGGAGCUAUCAACUGGAGAAGCUGGAUGUUAAUGGAAAGAGAGGAACUAUUUGGAUGUUCUUAUCUCUGCUGCUUUUUCGCUUUGGACUGCACUGGGAAUCAGUUACAGGGACCAAUGAGUGAGCGGGAGUACAUCGUGUCGACUGGGACCGUCUCUUCUGGAAAACACUGUACUAAACAUCAGAUAUUAAAUCACUCGGUUCAGUGUGAUGACCGGGGGCAGAGACACGAGCAUAGACUCUCCAGAGGGUUGAAUACGUAGAGCAGAAUGUGGACAGAAACAGACAGAGAAGGAGAAGCAACAGCAGCAACACAGAUGGAUGAACAUUUUAUGGACAGUGAAUGAAGAACACGUUGGUUUGCAUUUUGUUCGUGACAGAUGAUGCUCUCAGCCUGUUUGUCUCUCGGCUUUGACUCUUCGACCUUAAAACGUCCGCUCGCUGUGCUGAUUACGCCCACACUGUCUGAAAAGUAUCUCUUCUGUCUUAACAGUAAGUCCAAAUUCUCACUAACUGCACUGUAGUGGAAACUGUCCACCUACACACUCAAUACACACAGUACUAAGAAAAUACCCCUGACAGAACUUUUUGAAUAUACUGAGAGUCUUGUUAACUUCAUGCUACUGUGAAUUUCUGUGAUGGGUUGAGAAUUUAAAGUCAGUUGUUAUAUGGAGAUAAGAUUAUUUUACCAAACAAAACAAACUUCCAAAACAAGACAAUAUACUACAAUGUUAUUAGAAAAGGCUUAACUGGUUGUUCUGAAAAAGGGUGGCCUGUUUUCCUCUUUUUUUUUUUUUCCUCCUCCUUUCGUUGUGAUCCUAAUUAAAGGCCAAUUAAGGGAAACUUGAAAGUAAAAAGUUUCAUAGAUUUAAUGAAUUUUCAAACACAAUUGGUUCUUCUUUCUUGGUAAAUAUGUUUCAACAGUUUAGUUCACUACUUAAAGUCUAAAGUCUCCAAUACUGAUGGAACUGAUGCGAUAAGGCUAAGAAACAAAAUGGACACAGAAACAUUCACUGUACUGAACUAAUAUGUCAGAGACCCAGUAUUGAUUAUUGGUCAGCUGGAUAUUAUUUCAGAUUGACAGGUUCCUUUCUUUGUGGUCUCUUUUACAAUACGUUCACUGGCUGAGGUCAUUAUAAUUAACAUGAAUGCUCUCGAAUUGAUUUGUUUCCCUUGAUUUGAAAUUGGUUAUUGUCUUACUGUUGUAAAUUCACCCUGACCCUGCCUUUAUCACUCUUUGAAACACGUGAUGUCUUACUGUAUGGAUGGUUAUUCAUGCUUUCUCAACAGGGACCAACUAAAUGUGAUUUAAUCUUCCUGUUUCUUUGAAUCCCAAUGUGAUCAAGUAAAAAAUCCUCUCUACUACAUUCACUUAACAAAUACCAUAUUUGCCAUAUACUGCCACUUGUUGUUGAACUGGGACAUUUGCUAAAAAAAAAUUCUUCCCACAAAGACGCUUUUAAGAAUACAAGCAGGAUUAAAUUAUUUGUCAACACCAUCUCAUAGAAAGACGGUAUCGCAGGUACAGUUAUAUUUCAGCUUCAGGAAGAAACCAAUGUCAGCCAUUUUAGACUCAUUAAUUUCCCGACUUUGUGCUUAGUUGUUUUUGUUUUUUUUCCUAUUUUUUCAGUUGAAUGUUUUUAAAAAUGUAUAUAUAUGUUGUUUUUUUUCUUACAGGACACACUUUAGAAAUAACAAACUUUUUGUACGUCUUUUACAUGGAAAAGAAACGUCUAAUCAGGAGGAAUAUUAAAUGGAUUUAAUGCUAGCUAAUCUAUAAUGAUUGAAAUGUCUAGACAAUAAAUGUUUUUUUGUAACUGG